GUUCGCUCAAUAAACACAACCUAUUAGGCAGCUAAUUAUCGAUUACGGUCGAUCAAUAACCGAACAUUCGGUCCGACUAAUGCAAGCGAUGAUUCAGGUGACAUUCGCUUUAUAAACACGGAAAGAUAACUUUGUCAUCAUUCUAUAGCAAAAAAUCAAGUUUGUAGAACAUAACCUCCCACAACUAGACAUGCGAACGCGCCUUGUCUUCUUUAUGUUCUGAUUUUUCAAAGAAAUCAGCCUUUAGGUUAGGCGUGACGGUCGGAGGUCAGCUGAUUUCUGCUAGCAGAUCACAAGAUCUGCUCGACACUUGUCUGCGAAGUAACUUUUCUCCCUGCAAUUUUAGCAAAUAUCUAGUCUCGUAUCGUCGAGCAGAUAAACAACAAAAUGUCGCUUCACUCAGCUGGAAAAGGAAAGCUGUUGGCUGUGAUCGGUGACGAGGACACCUGCGUGGGUUUCCUCUUAGGAGGUGUAGGAGAGAUUAACAAGCACCGCCACCCAAAUUUCAUGGUCGUUGACAAGAACACAGCUGUGGGUGAUAUUGAAGAAACAUUCAAGAAAUUUAUCAAGAGAGACGAUAUUGACAUCAUCCUCAUUAACCAAAAUAUUGCAGAGAUGAUCCGGCAUGUAAUAGACAGCCACACGCAGCCUAUUCCAUCAGUUCUUGAAAUUCCAAGUAAAGAUCAUCCUUAUGAUGCCAGCAAAGAUUCCAUUCUUCGGCGUGCUAAGGGUAUGUUUAAUCCUGAAGACAUUCACUAACAACUGCUUCUUUUAAUCAUAAAAAUUGCGAUUUGCAAUAUUUGUAAAUUUAAACAAACUGUGGAUGAAAUAUUUAUUAGCUUGAUCAUUUUAUCUCAUUGUUGUAUUAUUGUACAGUAUUGUUGAAAUAUAUGUGUACAACAUUCCACCAUAUGUUCUUUGCAUCAACAAGUCAAACUUGCAACUAUUUUGUUGAAAUGGUGCUUGAAAGAGAUGGAAAAUUAAAUUUAUUGUAUUAUAACAAAUAAAAACAGAUUUAAAUUCAGUCAUUACAGCUUUAUUUAUGUGUACACGUUAAGGCACGACACCGCAAUAAAAAGCGAGUCGCUGGAAUACAAAACUUUUUUCAUCACUUAAACUUUGAACAUAGCAACAGGCUUCAUAGUUGAUUACAUACACGAUGUUCGUAGAAAAAGUGCAAUGUGCUAAGUAAUAUAGUUUCUCAUAAAUUACAAAGUUUGCCUUAUUCUGACAACCAUGGUAUAUAUGUUUCUCAUAAAUUUUCAUUACAAUCUUAUAUUUACUUGUAAAUAGUAAAUACAACUUGUAAUCAUACAUACAGAAUGUUACAAUAAAAACACAGAUGCAAUAAA